AUGGCCCAACUAAAAUCUAGCUCAACGAAAUCGCCUGGCAGCCGCGAGACAUCGCCAGUAAAACAAGUCACAACAAUCGUUUGUAACCAAACCCCACAAAAAUUGGAUGCAGUAAAGGAGGAGCCUCGGCGUAUUCAUUUUGCCCAUCCCAUUGCUGCCACACAAAUAGUAGAAUACGAAUCAUCGAUGUGUACAACGGUGAACACUAUUGAUGAGAGCAGCAUUGUGGCUGGAUGCGGAAUGCAUGUAAGUGUAGAUACAUUACCGAUUCCUGCUACAAGGAUGUUCCCCAAAAAUCAAGACGGCGAGGUUGACCUAUCGAGUGAUGAAUAUGGAGCGCAUACGUUCAAGAAGAAGACGACUUCUGAAGUAGUAAAGGACAACGAUGGGCAGGUGGAUAUGUCAAGUGACGAAUACGGUGCACAUACGUUCCUUAAGAAAGUGAGCUCGUUUUUGUGGUUCACUCAUUUAACACACAAAAGCGGCCACACCCCCAAAGUGCUCAUCGACAUCGUCGUUGGCAAUAAUGUCGCCGAAGCCCUUUCUCUAUCAGAAGUAAAUCUGCGUUCAACAGAGAAUCGUAAAGACUUUGUGAAUGAGUUAGAAGAUGAAGCGAAGAAGGCUGCAAGCGGUUCUGGAGGCAAUGUUCCUCCGAAGUCACCUUCAUGGAAGCGUGUUGCGGAACAGGACGAAAAUGCUGCUACCAAGGAGGUUUCGCCCAUCCGGUCUGCGGUUAUCGAAGCGGCUCCAGCAAAGAAAAUCGCCCAGAAACUGGAGGAGCGACUCAAGACUACCUCGAUUAAGAUUCCCACUCCAAAACCGAUCAUUAGUGCACCAGCAACAGCUACUGAUGCACCCAUUACGCCAACUAAUAUCGGUGUGCACACACAGUGGCGUGGUAGGCACAACACUCCAGUUGUUGUAGGUUCCACACCAGGUGUUCCGAUUCAACCUGAAGUGUGCUCAAGCAAUCUGAAGUCGUUGAAGUCUCGAUGGGAGUUCUCUUCACUAACGGGUACUCCACUACACCCCGACGAAACGGAAGAUGAUAUCGUGAAAGCCGCCAUCCGCAUGCGUGAGAGGGCGAUUCCACGCAAGUUCGACGAUAAACCCAGAGAUCCACAGCCUUACCUCGCGAAGAAGAUUGAAAAAAGCGUUCAGGAAGCCAACAAGCGCUCUUCCUUAUGUUCGCCCAAGUCGAAGAGUCCGCGCUAUAUGGACGAGUCUGAUGAAAGUGAAGACGGCAAAGCGGGUGACCGUAAGGCCAAUUCUGUCAUAAGAAACGCAUAUUCUCCGUACAAGUCGCCUGCUAUAAAGAUAGCUCAAAGGAAGUCACCUAGACACUCACCGAAGUCACCGAUGCGUUUAGAGCGGCCGGACACAGCAGAGGAAGUUAAUGUUCUUGGAGACGAUGAGGAAUCAAUGGAUGAAUUGAACGUUAGUCAUAACGUAUCAAAUUUAAUCGAUCAGGCGUUCGAGUUCAUGGACAAAACGCCGAACAAGAGUGCUGGCGAUGCGACUCCCAUGAAGCCUGAUCGCGAUGGUGUCGCUCCUCAUGCUGAAGAGGAAUGCUUUUCACCUAUCAAGCAACAGCCAAUUUCAUUGCCGGUACCGCCUGAGGUGUACAAGUCCCCUUAUGAGGAGCCUGCGGUGUAUAAAUCCCCUUAUGAGGAGCGUGCGGCCACUAAAUCUUAUGAAGAGACGGAUUCCGCUAAACGCGAUGGUUCAUCACUUCCGUAUACGGUAUCGUUUUAUCGCAAACGUAUUCGCGAAAUGCGUUCCGCAGAUACUGGUGUGGAGAAAAUAGAUUUGACGACAGACGUUGCAACUGCACCUAUCCAGACAAUUAUUGGAGGCGCUGCACAUGAAGAUCAAGAAGAGGAUGCUGAGACCAGACAGGAGAGAAAGGCUGCGAUGGAACGUGAAGUGAGUAUACAGCAACAGCGAAUAGCACAAGCUACUCAUGCUUUGCGUUACUGUAAAGAGCAGACCGAGUUUAGGGGAAGUCGCGAAGAGGUUGAUGCUCAGCGAGCCCUUUUGAUUGCAACUGAAACAAGACGUGCUCUGCUUUUCGAGAUUGAUCGGCUAAAUCGAGGACUGCCGAAGGGAGCCCCUGGACCACGAGGAACGCUCACGAUAACCAGCAUUAACGUUCUUCUUAGUCAAGAAUUCGUCAACUCACAGUUCAACUAUACCUCUAAUCAAGAUAUAUAUUACUUCAUAGUUCUUCUUCGACAUGGUUGCGAGGUCCAACAUACCUCGUUGGUGACAAGUGAUGAAGGUUUAAGGAAAAAGGGCGUGCUCGAAUUCAAUUAUUAUCUAUCGCUCAAGGAUCUGCCUCCAAACUUCGUGUGUGCUCUUGAAGUCUUCGGUCUACGAACGAAAAGAGAACAUAUCUCUCAUGAGGUCAAAUAUCGCCUUACUGGAACGUUGAGCAAGAAGAUUCUCGAAAUGCUCAAAGGCUCUGUAAGCUUGUUUUCGGUGUAUUUCAUUCAUGUUUGA